AUGGAAGAAUAACCGUAAAUUGAAAAUACAAUAAUAGAGGAAAAGUAUAAGAAACCUAAUGGGGAGACUGCUUAUCGUAGAUACUAGAAAGGAAAGGUAUUAGGAAAGGGUGGCUUUGCUAAAUGUUACGAGGUUACUUCUAUUGAAAGCAAGAAAGUGCUAGCAGCUAAGAUUAUUGCUAAAAGCACUUUAAAGACUGGGAGGACAAAAGCCAAGGUAUAGUAGUAGAUUAAGAGUAGUUAAUCACUGAGAUAAAGCUUCAUAAAUCGCUCCAUCAUUAGAAUAUUGUUUAAUUUGAAGAUGUAUUUGAGGAUAAUGAUAAUGUUUAUAUACUUUUGGAACUGUGUUAAAAUCAAGUGAUUUAAUUUAUUGUAAUGUUUUUAGACUCUGAAUGAGUUGCUAAAAAGAAGAAGAAGAAUUACUCCAAUAGAAGUGCAAUGUUACUUGAAACAAUUGAUAGGGGCAUUGAAAUACAUCCAUUCUCAUAGAGUGCUACAUCGAGAUCUGAAGUUAGGGAAUCUGUUUAUAAAUGAUAAGAUGGAAUUGAAACUGGGAGAUUUUGGUUUGGCCACCAAAUUAGAUUAUGAUGGAUAAAGAAGACUCACUAUUUGUGGGACUCCAAAUUAUAUUGCACCUGAAAUCUUGGAUGAGAGAAUGGGACAUUCAUACUAAGCAGACAUAUGGUCAGUUGGUGUUAUUGUCUAUACACUCCUAAUAGGGAAACCCCCAUUUGAGACUUCAGAUGUUAAGACAACUUACAAUAAAAUAUCGUAAUGUCAAUUCAAUUUUCCAGAUCAUAUUCAAAUAUCUGAAAAUGCUAAAAAUUUGAUUUCCAGAAUUCUUGUUCUUGAUCCUUCUAAAAGAUUAACUUUGGAUGAAAUUCUAAGUCAUCCUUUUAUGACUUCAAAUCCAAUCCCUAAAACUACUCACAUUUCUCAACUGUUAAGUCCCCCAAAUGCAGCAUGGUUGUCUCAAUACUCAUAGGCUGCUAUGUUUAGUUCUUAGGCUGUGUUGCUCAACUCUAAACCCAUAUAGCCAGAAUUAGUCUCACUCAAAACUACAGCCUAAAUUCCAAAGUCGAAUGAUCUAUUUUCAACUCGACUCAAGAUGUCCUAAGCUGAACGCAUUAAGAGUAUUUGCUUAUUUAAAUCAUAGCCUUAACUGAAGGAAUUAAUUACUUAAAGGAGAAUCAAUAAACUCAGAAAAAAUAGGAUUCAAAUCUGGAGAACAACAAUCAACCACAAUUUGUAAUUGUCCUAUUAUAACUUAGAGUAAGGAGAAUGAAGUCAUAUAUGUUAUAAAGUGUUGUGAUUAUCAAAGUAAAUAUGGUAUUGGUUAUGUCCUAUCAAAUAAUAACUGUGGCAUCUUAUUUAAUGAUUCGACCAAAAUUAUUUAGUGCAACAAACAACAAUUCAAUUAUAUCGACAAGUAGAAUCUAGUAUAGGAUUAUUAAUUUGAUAAUUAUCCCUCGGAUUUGGAUAAAAAGGUCAGCUUACUCUAAAAAUUCACUUUGUAUUUAGGUGUAGAUGAAAAUAGCACAUACUCUGAAAUCUCCUAAGUUUUUGUUGAUAAGUUUCUUAAGACGAGAAAUGCUCUUCUUUUAAAACUGAACAAUGGUGUGAUUCAGGCGAAUUUCAUUGAUAAAAGUGUGAUUGUUAUCUCAUCAAAUCAGAGUAUUGUUUUUGUUAAUGAAAAGGGUGAAAAAUAUAGUUAUACUUAGGAAUAGAUAAAGGAUAAGGAUAAGAUUUAAAGAAGGUAUAUUGUAAUAUAAUUUUAGAUAUAAUUAUGUACAGCAAUUAAGAAGUGGUUGUUAAUGA